AUGGCGGUGCCGCUGCUGACUCAGAAGAUCGUGAAGAAGCGGGUCAAGCAGUUCAAGAGGCCCCACCUCGACCGCUACAAGUGCCUCAAGCCAAGCUGGCGCAGGCCCAAGGGUAUCGACUCCCGUGUCAGGCGGAAGUUCAAAGGAUGCACCUUGAUGCCUAACAUUGGAUAUGGCUCUGACAAUAAGACCAGGCACUAUCUCCCCAACAAGUUUAAGAAGUUUGUCGUGCAUAAUGUAUCCGAGCUGGAGUUGCUUAUGAUGCACAACAGGACAUACUGUGCUGAAAUUGCACACAAUGUGUCCACUAAGAAGCGUAAGGAAAUUGUGGAGCGAGCUGCUCAGCUUGACGUUGUGGUCACCAACAAACUUGCCCGUCUCCGCAGCCAGGAGGAUGAGUAA